AUGCUUCGCCGGGCGCUCGCGUCGCGGUCGAGCGAGGCGGCGAUCAUCUCAACGCGCGUCUCGCUUCCUCGCGGCUCGAUUCCUCCGCCCCCUACGUCGUCGUCGUCGUCGUCGUCGUCGUCGCGCGAGGGCCGCCGCCCGCGCUUCUUCUCGACGACGACGACCUCCGCCGAACGUCCCGUCGACGACGACGAGUGGGAGACGGUCGUGGGUCUCGAGCUGCACGUGCAGAUAGGGGCGAAGACCAAGCUGUUCUCCGGGGCCGAGAGACUGUACGGCGCCGAGGCGAACGCCAACGUCGCCCCGUUCGAUGCGGCGCUCCCCGGAUCCCUUCCCGCCGUGAACGCGCGCGCCGUGGAGCUCGCCGCGAGGCUCGGGUUCGCUCUCGGCGCCGACGUCCAAUCGCGGAGCUCGUUCGACAGGAAGCACUACCACUACCCCGACCUGCCCCACGGGUACCAGAUCACGCAGCAGCGAUCGCCCAUCGCGCUGGGCGGAUCCCUGGACGUGUUCGUUCGGGACGGCGUUAGCGGGACGCUGCGAGUAGAGCGGCUGCAGCUGGAGAUGGACACGGGGAAGAGCUCCAAGGCCAAGAGUUCAACGCUGGUGGACCUCAACCGCGCCGGGUCGACGCUCGUCGAGAUCGUCACCGCGCCGGACCUGAGGGGCGCGGAGGAAGCUUCGGCGGCCGCGGAGACGUUCCAGAAAGUCGUCAGGUUCCUCGGCGUGGGGGACGCCAACAUGGAGGAAGGGUCGAUGCGAGUCGACGUCAACGUGUCGCACCGAACGAGAGACGGCGCCGUCGCCGGGGAGAGGUGCGAGGUUAAAAACUUAAACUCCUUUCGGUCCAUCGCGCGCGCGGUGGCGCACGAGCGAACGCGGCAGAUCGCGCUGCUCAAACGCGGGCAGCGCGUGAGGCGUCAGACCCGAUCCUUCGACCCAGCCACCGGCGCCACCGCCGUGCUGCGAGACAAGGAGGCGCUCCUCGACUACAGGUUCGCGCCUGAACCCGAUUUGCCCCCCGUGGUGAUCGAACCCGCGGCGUUACGAGCCAUCAAAGCGGCCGUUCCCGAGCUGCCAUCCACCGCCGCGGCGAGGCUGACAAACACGGCAGGUUUAGCGCCCAAACUGGCCCAAACGAUCGCGUCCAAACCGUCGACGGUGGCGUACUUUGACGCGUGCGCCGAAGCGGCUGACGCGUGGUCGACUCGAAACGGGACGGUUACGGUUGACAAACAAGACGUCGCCAACUGGGUCACCGGCGUGCUCGUGGGCGCGGUGAAGAGGGCGGGGGUGACGCAUAAAGGUGGAGCGGGUGGUGAGCCGCUCCGCGGUUUGCCCGAGAGCGCCGGCGCGGCGAGGGUCGGCGAGCUUCUCGCCCGCGUGGCGGCGUCGACGUCGAUGGAUUCAGGAGCGUUGGAGGCUACGUGCGCCGCGGUCGUCGCGUCUAUGCCCGAGCAGCUCGCGGCGUACCGGGGCGGUCGGACCCGGGCGAUGGGUUCGUUCGUGGGCGAGGUGAUGAAGCGGACGAAAGGGAGGGCGGACCCGCGUCGCGCCGCGGAGAUCAUCAAGACCCUGGUGGACCAGUAA